CCUCUAAUGUUUUUACCACAUCAACUUCAAACUCUAACCCAGUUUAAGAAAUUGAUGGAGUGGAGGAAGGAGACUUUCACUCGGUAGAGGAGCAGCUGUCAGCUACUAGAGUUGCAAUAAAGAAAAUCGCCCGAGGGGGUCGAAGCAGACGGAGAGCAGCGGGAGACAGGAGAAGGAAAAAAGGGAAAGACUGCUUGAGGUGACCGAGACGCGAUGGAGGCGCGUGGCAUGCGUGAUUAUUAUUAGGGAGCACCGCUUCGGGAAAACACUCGCUUUGUUUAAGGUGGAUUUACAAAGUGAACAACCUUCAGAAACUGACCGGGACCGCCUUUGUCUAGCUGUUUCUACUUGACGGAUUAUCUCAGAAUCAUGAACGUGUCGCCCCCAGACCGCAGGAAAAACGUGCGAGAGCUUGUUUUGGAGAUUGGCAUCCGAGUUCUGCUUUUCGGAGUUUUUGUAUUUACAGAGUUUCUGGAGCCCUUUGAGAGAGUGAUUCAGCCAGAAGAGCUUUGGCUCUACAAGAAUCCUCUCGUUGAGUCAGACCACAUUCCCAAGAGGGUCAUGUUCGCAAUUUCAUUUCUCACCCCAUUGGCGGUGAUAUUUGUGGUGAAGAUAAUUCAGAGGACGGACAAGACAGAGCUCAAGGAGGCAUGUUUUGCUGUGUCCCUGGCCCUCGCCUUGAAUGGAGUCUUCACAAAUACAAUCAAGUUGAUUGUUGGCAGACCCAGGCCCGAUUAUUUCCAGCGUUGUUUCCCAGAUGGACAAGUAAAUACGAAGAUGCUGUGCACCGGGGAGCCAGAUAUUGUCUCUGAGGGACGCAAGAGCUUCCCGAGCAGCCAUUCCUCCUUUGCAUUCUCUGGACUCGGCUUCACCUCCUUCUACCUGGCGGGGAAGCUGCAGUGUUUUACGGAUAAAGGUCGAGGGCGUAGCUGGCGUCUCUGUGCCAUGGUGCUGCCGCUCUACAGCGCUACGAUGAUUGCACUGUCCCGGACCUGUGACUACAAACACCACUGGCAAGAUGCCGUUGUUGGAGGAGUGAUCGGGUUGCUGUUUGCGUACAUCUGCUAUCGCCAGCACUACCCACCCUUUCUGCACAUGGACUGCCACCUGCCUUAUGCCAGUCUGGGUGCUGCCGCCCACACGCCCUCGCAUCCCCAGGAAGACCCGCAGCCCACGGACAAUGCCACCAGCCUUCCCCUGGAGGGCUUGACUGAAGGGCCAGUAUGACUAGUGGCCACCACCGAGACGUCCCUCAACACCCUCACCAAGCCACCGAGCCCACUGCCACAUUCCAAGUGACUGGCUGGCUCUUGUAUACAUUCCAGUGGACAAUAACACACCUCACCCAUCUCCAUACUGUUGCACCCCCGUCUCGGUGACACCCACGUUUUUAUUUUUUUUAUAUCUGGGUUAUAAAAAGUCUAUAUUUAGAUGUGAUUUAUGAGAGGAAUCUACGGAAAUGGGACAUCACCAGUGAGAGGAAAGAGAGAGAAACAUGUAGAAAACCUGAGGAAACCAGUUGUACUAAUGGCUGUGAAGGAAGAUGAAAAUAUUGCAAGUUUUUACCAGAAUUGAUUUGCUUAGUGUGGUUGGCAGGUUGUUUCAUGCUGGAGUACUUUUAAUGUUUGGCUGUUGAAGGAUUGGGGCAGCAAGUUGGGAGACCCAGAACAAUCCCAUGAAAUGUCACAGCAAUCAAUCCAGUUAAAAUUAGAAUAUUGUAUGUUAUAUGCCACAAUAGGACACACAUGAUGGGAUUUGAUAGCACCUCGCGCCAGAAAUCCAAUGACAUUCUAUGUCUUUCAGUUAUACUUUAAGAUGCAUUUUCAUUUAAAACCCAAGGAUUUGGGGCCCUGCUUUUGGUCAUUUUUAGUUGUCCAUUGGGACAUAAUAUAGAACCAAGCUGCUCUUGGAGAAAAGCACUGACUUGUAUUCAAUGUUCACCAAAUUAACUCUUCUAUAUUCACCAAUUUUUCAUUAUUGCAUUUAUUUAUUCGGGGCAUACGUAUAUAGUUUUCAAGUGCAGUCCUGCAUAUUGCCCUUUCGCCAUUUCUCUUCCUCUCCUUUUCACCAUCAAACUUUUCACCAGCCCAGCAUAGGGUCCCAGAGGGGACAAGGGGACAUGAACCCAAAUUGGAGCUCAAUGAGUGCAAUCUAUAACGGGCAUGUGGCAAUGGUGUGGUGGAAGUGUGUCCGGUGUGGACAGGCACAAACUACAAUCUGAUCGUGCAUUAAUUCUGAUUAAGGGAUGUCAGCCACUGCUGCUUACGCGCACAUUAGGACUAUAUGAGGUGGCCCACCGACUGCAUGAGCAUUGCGAAUGGCUUUCAGCCCACUAUAGCCCCACAAAUGAAAAAUCUAGCAUUCAGGAGACGACAGGAACAAGAGCAGCGAUUGUGAUGUAUUAUUCAUUCGUAAUUGUUCCAUUUAUUCAUAUUUCCAGCCUUAAUUUAGGGACAUCAUGUCCAAACAAACACCAAAGAAUUAUAGCUUUGUUUCUGCUUGGGUUGUAUGAACCCUGCUAUGCUUUAUUAAAUACGAUGACACAUAGCCAGAUUGCUGGUUACCCAUCAUCGACAAAGCAAGUUGUAGCCUCAAGUUUUGUUACAGAAGGAUUGUUGUUGCCUUGGUUACUGUGUCUUUUUUGCCAUUGCUGUGACAUUAAUGGGAAGGUGCAAUCUCAGAUUACUUCAGACCCAACCAAGCCACAUAGGAAGGCAAUGAUUAUAUAUAUUUGCACUGAAACGUGAAGGGGGAAACAGGAGAUAGCACAUCAAAACAGCAUGAUAUGAAAUGAGCAGCUAGCCAAAUGUAGAAGGUUAUUUUGUAAUGUUAUUAUCUUGUCAUAAUGUUAGUCAAGCCUAUUUGUCAUUGUCAAAAGACACGUUUUUAUGUAGAAAGCAACACUUGAAACAGCCGCACCUUCAGAUGCUGUUUGCUUAAAUAGACAAGGAAAGAUUCUCCGUGGAAAAUACUUUUAAACAUAAUUUACUCAAAUCAGCCACAAUCUAUCAUUAUUUCAACCCAUUGGAAGCUUCUUAAAACUGUGUGUGUGUGUGUGUGUGUGUGUGUGUGUGUGUGUGUGUGUGUGUGUGUGCGUGUGCGUGUGCGUGUGCGUGCAGGUUUUUGACAAGGCCUGUCCUGCAUGGAUGCAAUACAAAUUGAAACUAUCGCAAGAGAGGAAAACAAGUGGUCGACUCUACACAUCAGACUCUGUGACGGGGCUUGACGAGACUCUGAGAGUUGACUAGAGAGCAACUUGUAACCUCCUCGCUGGUUCCCCAAGUCUAUCAGCCCCCGCCUGCAGAUCUGUGACUGUGAGAUUUUGAGGCAGAUUUGGGAAUGAAAUGACACAGAUGCAUAAUGUUCUAUAGACCUGCAUUCGCCUGACUUGGCAGCCUGAUGUUUGUAUAUUUUAGUAUUAUCCUAUUAGAUGGUGCAGUGUAUAUUGGAAAACAAAUGUUGUUCAGAAGUCAUGUCUGUAACAGUAUUUUCGCUUUAUCAACAGAGGAGUUACGUUUCCUUCUAAUCAUUCCAUGAUUUGUUUUAUUUGGUGCUAUAGAUAAUUUUGUAGCAAUAGGUGUCACUUUUUUUUUAAUAGUGAAUGCGUCGUUUUUGAGAUGGAAGUUCCAUAAUUUUUUACAGAGAAAAGAUUAUUAUAAUACAGUACAUAUUUUUUUUUUAUUCUUAUUUUUUAUCAGAUGCACAAGGGUAACCAGUUCAUGUUAUUCUGUGGAUUUUUCUUUUCAUCUUUCCAUGGAUUUAGGGCAUAAAAGUAACAAAAAAAAUUAAGAAUAAUGAAAUAAUUAUUCAUCAUAAUGAAUAGAUGUCUGAAGAAAAAAGAGUGUAAGACUUAAGAAACUUUGUUAAUGGCAUGCCAGUUCCAUUUGUGAGAAAAGACUCUUUUCUAUGAAUAAGCAUGUCUGGCCUUGAGAACUCUUUAAGCUGUGUUUUGCCGUUUAUAUACUUUAUGUACAUUAAAGGACUGCAGCUGUGUGAAAUGUGUCCAUGAAGAAAACAAAUGAGCCUAUUCUAUAUUGUCAACGUGCGAUCGUUGGAGCCUAUGUUUGUUGCUGUGAUGGGAACUCUUCACUUGAACACAUAAUUGAGAAAGAAAAUCAAGGUUUUCGGAUGUUUAUUUAAAAUAUGUCCGCCCUGUAAUCAGAACAUAGGUAUAACAAUGUUAUUACCUAUUAUAUGCAAAUGAACAAUCUGACGUUAUGCAUCCAAAGAUGUUUGAAUGAGCUGUAUCCCAAUGUUCAGUUCAAUGAAUUUACGCUUCAACGGAACUGCUGUCAGAUUGCACAGUGCUACUGAGGCAGUUGAGUGUGUGCGUGAAUGUAACUCUGUGCUAAGUGUGUGUUGUGUUUUUCUGCAUCAAUUGUGUUGCACUUUGUUUAGAGAGUUUCCAAUAAACGUGUGUAUGCUUAAGACUGCCUGUUGCUUUCCAUAUCAGUAUUAAA